UUCAGUCAUGGGUUCGGAAAUGGAGUUGACCUUCACCGAAGACCUCCAACUGACUGAGAUGAUGCGUUUGAGGGUGCAGUCGCUGCAGCAGAGGGGCCAGAAGAGGCAAGAUGGCGAGAGGUUGCUCCUGCCUCAUGAAGCCGUCUACCGCUUGGACUUCACCAAACAGGAGUUGACGUUCUCUCACUGGAACGUGACCCUGCAUGGAACGGGACGUUUCGUGGUGACAGGCAUCUCACAGCUCUGGACGCCUGACCUGACCAACCUGAUGACCAGACAGCUGCUGGAACCAAUUGGCCAGUUCUGGAGGAAUGCUGGAGAUCCAGAAGAUUCACCAAUCAAAUGCCUGGAGGCAGAUAUUCAAGAGUUUGGAGAGAGGAUAGCAGAGCUGGCCAUGGUGCGGAAGGUGAUGUACUUUCUGUUUGCCUACAAAGAGGGAGCCAAAAAAGAGAAGAUCUCCUGCUCACUGGUCUUCAAGGAAAAUGAGUGA